GCGGAUUCCAGACCGGCGGCUUCAGAGACUCAGACCCACUAUGUCCCGAACUGCGUGGUUCAGGUUGGAAACACUGAAGAAGACUCAGCUGAAAUAAUUUUACCCAUAGAGGAUUGAUGGCCCUCUAUUAUGGCCAAGUGGACAUGAUUCUACAUUCAGCACUUGUGGCACGAUGUCGAAUAUGAUUUACCUGACUGUCAUAAGCAUUUUAUAUUUGCCUUUACUGUUUGAGGCAUUUGGUUUGUCCAAAGGAAAGUAUGAGAGGUCAGUGGUACCAAGUUCUGCCUCUCGCCUGGUGGCGAGGAUGGAUGGGGAUAUUAUAAUUGGAGCCCUCUUCUCUGUUCACCACCAACCAUCAGCUGAGAAGGUAGCAGAGAGGAAAUGUGGAGAGAUCCGCGAGCAGUACGGCAUCCAAAGGGUGGAGGCCAUGUUCCAUACCUUGGAUCGGAUUAACGCGGACCCAAAUCUGUUACCCAACAUCACUCUUGGCUGCGAGAUCAGAGACUCCUGCUGGCAUUCCUCGGUGGCUCUGGAGCAGAGCAUCGAGUUCAUACGAGACUCUCUCAUCUCCAUCCGGGAUGACAGCGACGGCUCCAGAUGGUGCAUUGAAGGGGCCCCUUCCAGUCAGCCACCACCGACCAAGAAGCCCAUUGCUGGAGUCAUCGGGCCGGGCUCCAGUUCUGUUGCCAUUCAAGUCCAAAACCUUCUGCAGUUAUUCAACAUCCCACAAAUCGCCUAUUCUGCAACCAGUAUUGACCUCAGUGACAAGACACUGUUCAAGUACUUCCUCAGGGUUGUACCCUCAGAUACUCUUCAAGCCAGAGCCCUAUUGGACAUUGUUAAACGAUACAACUGGACCUAUGUGUCAGCAGUUCAUACAGAGGGUAACUAUGGGGAGAGUGGGAUGGAAGUGUUCAAAGAACUCGCCUCACAAGAAGGCCUUUGCGUCGCCCAUUCUGACAAGAUUUACAGCAAUGCUGGGGAGAAGCAUUUCGACAGGCUGCUGAGAAAGCUGCGGGAGCGUCUGCCUAAAGCCAGAGUUGUUGUCUGUUUCUGUGAAGGCAUGACAGUCCGAGGGCUGCUCAUGGCUAUGAGACGGCUCGGAGUAGCCGGAGAGUUCCUCCUAAUUGGCAGUGAUGGCUGGGCAGAUCGAGUUGAGGUGGUGGAGGGAUAUGAACAGGAAGCUGUGGGAGGCAUCACCGUGAAGCUGCACUCUGAAGAGGUCUCCUCAUUUGAUGACUAUUUCCUGAGGCUCAAGCUCAGCACCAACACCCGCAACCCAUGGUUCCCUGAAUUCUGGCAGUACCGGUUUCAGUGCCGCCUCCCCGGACACCCGCAAGAGAACAUGAAUUAUGCACGAAACUGCUCAGGUUAUGAAAGUCUGGAGGACAACUACGUUCAAGACAGCAAGAUGGGCUUUGUCAUCAAUGCCAUCUAUGCUAUGGCCCACGGGCUGCAUGACAUGCACUCUCACCUUUGCCCUGGCCACGUGGGGCUCUGUGAUUACAUGAAGCCUGUUGAUGGAAGCCACUUGCUGGAAUUCCUUCUGAGGACAUCUUUCACAGGUGUGUCUGGGGAGGACAUAUGGUUCGAUGAGAAUGGCGAUUCACCAGGAAGGUAUGAGAUUAUGAACUUUCAGCGUGUGGAGAACGGUGUUUAUGAUUACAUCAACAUUGGCUCCUGGCAUGAGGGCAUGCUCAGUAUUGAUGAUGACAUGAUCCAGAUGAACCGCAGUGAUAUGGUCCGCUCUGUCUGCAGUGAGCCAUGCUCCAAAGGAGAAAUCAAGGUGAUAAGGAAGGGAGAGGUGAGCUGCUGCUGGAUCUGCACUGCCUGCAAAGACAAUGAGUUUGUCCAGGAUGAGUUCACAUGCAAGGCCUGUGAGCUUGGCUGGUGGCCUGACAAAGAAUUGGAAGGCUGUGAGCCAAUCCCUCUGCGCUAUCUGGAGUGGAGCAAUCCAGAGUCCAUCAUCCAGGUGGUCUUCUCCUGCCUGGGCAUCCUGGUAACAUCAUUUGUUACCUUCGUCUUUGUCUUGUAUCGUGAUACACCAGUGGUCAAAUCCUCCAGCCGGGAGCUCUGUUACAUCAUCCUUGCAGGGAUCUUCCUGGGCUAUCUGUGCCCUUUCACUCUCAUUGCCCGACCCACUGUGGCCUCUUGCUACCUCCAGAGACUUCUUGUUGGACUCUCAGCUGCCAUGUGCUACUCAGCCCUGGUAACCAAAACCAAUCGCAUUGCGCGCAUCCUGGCAGGCAGCAAGAAGAAGAUUUGCACGAGGAAGCCGAGGUUCAUGAGCGCUUGGGCUCAGGUGGUUAUCGCUUUCAUCCUGAUAAGUGUCCAGCUCACACUGGAAAUUACCCUCAUCAUCAUGGAGCCUCCUGAACCCAUCAAAUCUUACCCCAGCAUCAGAGAAGUCUUCCUGAUCUGCAACACCAGUAACGUUGGUGUUGUAGCUCCACUGGGCUACAAUGGUUUGCUGAUCAUGAGCUGUACCUAUUACGCCUUUAAGACCCGCAAUGUCCCUGCAAAUUUCAAUGAGGCCAAAUAUAUUGCCUUCACCAUGUACACCACGUGCAUAAUCUGGCUGGCGUUUGUACCAAUCUACUUUGGUAGCAACUACAAGAUCAUCACUACAUCUUUCUCUGUGAGCCUCAGCGUGACUGUAGCUUUGGGGUGCAUGUUCACACCAAAGAUGUACAUCAUUAUUGCCAAACCUGAGCGGAAUGUGCGCAGCGCGUUCACAACCUCUGAUGCGGUGCGCAUGCAUGUCGGCGACGGCAAAAUUGCUUGCCGGAGCAACAGCCUGUUGAACAUGUUCAAGAGGAAAAAGAACGCUGGAAACGGCAGUUCUAAUGGAAAGUCUGUGUCAUGGUCUGAACCAGGUGCAAGACAUCCUCCAAAAGGGGAUCACAUGUGGCACAGACUGUCAGUGCAUGUGAAGAGACAGGAAGCAGGUUCCAAUCAGAUGGCUGUCAUCAAACCCUUAACUAAUACCUUCCAUAACACAGCCCUGGAAUUCUCAGACCUCAGCACUAAGACUUUGUAUAAUGUGGCUGAGGAGGACGAGAGUGACCCUGCCCAUUAUAAUUCCCCUGACACUCCCCCUAUGGUGGCCCAUGGGCAAAUGCCUGCCGGUGGGCUGAUAAAAGACGUGGGUGAGGAGGUGGAGCUCUAUUCUCCCGAGCCUCUGCAGCAAAAUAGAAUUAUCCCCCCCCAACAUGUCAUAAUGGACCACCUGCAAGAGGAGGGGGUGGUGAGCAAGUUCAACAGUGACACGCCUGAGAUCAGUGGUAUGAUAAGCAUGCCUGAGGUUGUCAGUGGCGGCAUGCCAGUGUACCAUCAGGCUCACCUCAUCCAGCAGGACCCUGUCCUGCCUGUGCAGCUUGACCCAUUUGAUGAGGAACCUGCCUUCCCAUUAGAGGAGGAGGACGAGGAGGAGGAAAUGGAGAAUGAGCAGUUUGGCCUUCUCCAUGGCUACAUGUACAAUAACGCCCAAAUUCAUGACGAGGAGGACUUUGUUGAGGUCAAAUUAGCAACGGAGGAAUCUCUGGCUCUGAUGCCUCCUUCACCUUUCCGUGAUUGCACUGGUCCUCCAGUGAGCCCCUUUCCCAACUCGCCAGUGUCUGAGUCGAUUUUGUGCACACCUCCAAAUGUGACGUACGCCUCCGUCAUCCUCAGAGACUUCAAACAAAGCUCCUCAACUCUGUGAGGGCACACCCUAAAUGUUACCAGUUGUACUAUAUUUUCAAGUUUAUACAGUAUGUGUUGUAUAUGAUGAUACAUAAGGAAAAAGUGAUUCUGUGGUCCGUCAAGCCAUUUUUCACUCCUAAUAGCUUUUACAUGAUAAGGGCGAGCAAUGAGUGCCACAUUUUAGAUGUUGUAUGAAAAGCACACUGUAUAUUUCUAACAUAAGCUUUUAGAGACAAAAAUAACUGACAAAAAUAAAUGAAUGAUGUACAUACAUUUAUGAAGUAUUGUUGUAUAAAUAGAUUUGUUUGAUAAAUGUAGAUGAGGUAACAAUCCAAUUAGUUUGUUGACUUUAAUCAAGGUAACUUAAUGGGCAUAGUUUCUAUAAAAUUAUUCACUUUGAUUAUAAGAAAAUCUGUUGCGUUGCACAUUGAGGGUUGUGUCCUUUGUCAUGCAAAAGUAGAGCUUUAAAGUGAGAGUUAUUUUUUAAACACCCUUAUUCACUUUCAGUGUCAGUGUAUGUUUCUAGCUGCAGACAGUAGCUUCGUGUCUAGCAUACGGACAUAAAAGAGGAAUCCAUCUUCACAUGUAAAAAGAAUAAUACCCCCCAAAACUAUAAAACUAUUUAUUUAAGCUUGAAGUGCAGGGUAAAAUGUUGAAAAAAAAAAACUAUUAUCUAUGAAUCUUUGAUUGAUGCAGUACUGCCAAACAAUUGCACUGCAUUUUGAAUGUAGCAGAGUUCAAGUGCCACAUUUUUUUCCCCCAUUUGUACAUUUAUCUUAUUUCUAUGGUCUUGAAAGGCAACUUAAACUAAUUUUAAACUUGUAUGUUUUAUAAAUAGACAUCAACUUUCAUAAUUGUAUAGAUUAUUGUAUUGUGAAUGUAUGAAUUGUGUAUCUUAUUUUGGUAUUCUAUAUGCAUUAUUAGUAUUUGAGAAAACAUUAGCUGUGUAUGCUUAUAUUGUGUGUGAUUGGUUGUGUACACCAGUCCAUUUCCUAAAUAUUGAGACUUUAACUACCUAUCAAAAUUGUAUAGUGUAAUAAAGUGCUACUAUUAGCAUAAGUAAUAAGCUAGUUGCAGCCUGAUAUAUGAAGUUCAGAGUAAAUUAAAUCUACAGUUUUAAACAGUAGUUGCUGGAGAUGACCAUUUG